CAGUGUUCAUCGUGCAGGUUAAUGAAGUGUGAUUCUCUGUCUCUCUUCAGACGACCCAACUGCAGGCUCGGACAUCACCAACACUUUCACUCCUCGUAACCCCAAAUACAAAAGUUCCCUCACCACUUCCCCGUGGAUUUUCAAUCUCCAAGGAGCAACUAUGGCAUUAAGAAUGAUAACGAAGAGUUUGAGAAGCAAACUGUUGCCUCGGUUCACUCCUGCUUCUAUGUUACAUUCUCAUGCGACAAGCUUUGGUUUUAAAGAAGUGCGGGAAGAAGAAAAAAGCCAAAUGGUUGGCAAUGUUUUCAGCAGCGUUGCUUCAAACUAUGACCUCAUGAAUGAUGUGAUGAGUGGUGGAUUACAUCGUUUAUGGAAGGAUAGACUGGUUUCCAAACUAAAUCCAUUUCCUGGAAUGAGGCAUCUUGAUGUGGCUGGUGGCACAGGGGAUGUUGCUUUUAGGAUCCUGGAAAGUCUAAAUAGUGUCUCUCGUAGAGCGGUGCAAGAUGUUCUUCAAGAUAAUCUACAGGAAGAAACUCAGAUAUACAUAUGUGACAUUAACACCAAUAUGUUGAAUGUUGGCAAAAAACGGGCUCAAGAGAGAGGUCUUGAAGAUCUCCGAUCCCUCAGAUGGGUGGAAGGAGAUGCAGAAGCUCUAUGCUUUGAAGAUGCUUCAAUGGAUGGUUACACAAUUGCCUUUGGUAUUAGGAAUGUUACACACAUAGAAAAAGUUCUUGCUGAAGCCUACAGGGUACUUAAACCCGGAGGGAGGUUUCUUUGCCUCGAACUGAGUCAUGUAGAAGCACCAGGUUUCAAGCAGUUGUAUGAUUACUACUCAUUCUUGGUAAUUCCAGCCCUUGGGGAGCUCGUUGCAGGUGACCGGGAGUCUUACCAAUAUUUAGUUGAGAGUAUUCGUCGCUUUCCCCCUCAGGAUAUGUUUGCUUCAAUGAUUGCAGAUGCUGGAUUUCAGAAGGUUGAAUAUGAAAAUCUUGUUGGAGGGGUGGUGGCCAUUCAUUCUGGGUUGAAAUUUUAAAGAGUCUCCAUCACGAAGGAUGUUCUCGGAGUUUCUCUAUUUCCUCUUGUCCCUAACCCUUUUUCAGGCUUCAAUUUUGGUAAUUAGCUUGGGGUAAUUUUGUAGAAGCAAAUUAUGGGAAAAAUCAUUUUGUAGGUUCCAAUGUUUGAUGCACUUUCUCUUCUUUUCUUGCUUUCUUGAUACGUAUAUAUGGUACUUGAUGGACAUUCUCGUUUAUUGCUUUAAUAAAAUAUUACAUUAUCUGGUA